ACCACCACCACCGUUUUUGUAAGUCUAUGGUUGUAUCUGGUAACUCUGGAUAGGUUAUGCAUAACCUCUUUGCGUCAUUUCAUUCUUUGACGAAACUCCAAGUUAAUUGCAAAAGUGUUCUUUAGUGCAAUAAAUUAAGACAUGUUUCGUUUUGGAGCCAAACAUUUCUUUAUUGGCAGAAAUUUUAGUACGAAAUUUGAUGAAAUCAGCAAUCUCGUUAAGAAAAAUAAGGUAGUUGUCUUUAUGAAAGGCGUUCCAGAAGAGCCAAGAUGUGGAUUCAGUAAUGCAGUAGUUCAGAUAUUACGAAUGCACGGUGUUACUUAUGAUGCUCAUGAUGUUCUUAAAAAUGAAGAGCUCAGACAAGGUAUAAAAGACUUUUCUAAUUGGCCCACUAUACCCCAAGUAUUUAUAAAUGGUGAUUUUGUGGGUGGCUGUGACAUACUAUUAGAAAUGCAUAAAAAUGGUGAGCUAAUUGAGGAAUUGAAGAAAGCUGGAAUUAUUAGUGCUCUUUUGGAAAAGGAAGAAUCUUCUCAAAGUGAUGUCAACAAAUCUAAAGAAUAAAUUUAUCUUAGGUAUUCUGUAAAUAAACAAAUAACUGUGUUUUGUAAAACAGUUGCUUUUUGUUAUAAUAAAUAUUUUUGUUAAUCUUAAA